UUAAAAACUCACAGGUCUCUUUAUUUCAUACAGAACAAACAGUCAAUUGAUUUACUACCGUCUUACCUAUAGCAGAUACCAACCAUUAACUUUGCUAUCCUCUCACCUAACUAUCCCGGAUGGAGAAUCGGCUGUAUACAAGCCAAACUAGCCCUAAAGGUGUGGACUGUAAAACAAUAUUUCCUGACACACCCUGCUUCUGUACUCAUAGAUACAAACAGCACAAGCCAGGCUUUGGAGUGAUUCCCAAAGAGCGCCCGAUAAAGUUACCAUGCCGUGCCCCUAACUGUAAAUGUGAGAGCUAUCAUUACGUACCGCUGUGCUGCACCAGUCCAAUACGGUGUCACUGUAAGCACACGGCUGACGAACAUGCAGAAUACGGAAAUCUUGUUUGUAAGAAAGCCGGAUGUACCAAAUGCACCGGUUUCAAGAGCUCGUACACAUGCGGAUGUGGUGCUCCGGUAAGUCAACACACAAUGACAGUUGAGACAGCGGAAGAACGUUCGGCACGUGGACACACCGUGACAGAACACUCGCCCUACAUAGUUGUGGGUGGAAAAACGGGAUAAAUAUUACGUUUAAGUUGUCCUAUAUUCUUAAUGCUUAUAUCGAACGGAUACGCCAGUUUCCUUUAAUUUGACAACUUUUGAAAUAACAUAAAUUAACUUUUUGCUUCCUCUAAAGUAUCUCACAACCUGAGUUUUAUUGCGACGUAAUUUACAAACUUCGUAAAAUUCUCAGGCAUAGCCAUUUCCGACAAUUAUUUAUUUACAUUAUUAAAAAUUAAUAAAAUUUAUUGGAAGAGGA